AGAAUGUGGAGGCUGAAGAUAGGAGAGAGAGGGAAUAACCCUUACAUAUUCAGCACAAAUAACUUUGUGGGGAGGCAGACAUGGGAGUUUCAUGCAGAAGAUGGAAGCCAAGAGGAGAGGGAUGAAGUCGAAGCUGCUCGUCAACACUUCUCCUCUAAUCGCUCCCGUUUCAGAGCCUGUGGUGAUCGUCUUUGGCGAUUUCAGUUUUUGAGAGAGAAGAGUUUCAAACAAACAAUACCAAGUGUGAAGAUAAAGGAUGAAGAGGAAAUAACAUGCGACAAAAUUAAGAACACAGUGAAAAGAGCAACACAUUACCUGUGUGCAUUGCAAGCCAGUGAUGGCCAUUGGCCUGCUCAAAUUGCUGGACCCCUCUUUUAUCUUCAACCUUUGGUAUUUGUUAUAUACAUUACAGGGCAGCUUCAUAAUGUGUUUCCAAAAGAAUAUCAGAAAGAAAUCUUACGUUACUUAUACAACCAUCAGAAUGAAGAUGGAGGGUGGGGAUUGCAUAUUGAGGGUCACAGUACCAUGUUCUGCACAGUUCUCAACUACAUAUGUAUUCGAAUUCUAAAAGAAGGAUUUGAUGGGGGAGAAGACGAUGCCUGUGUUAAAGCUCGAAAAUGGAUUCUUGAUUGUGGUGGUGUCACUUACAUACCCUCUUGGGGAAAGACUUGGCUUUGUAUACUUGGUGUAUAUGAAUGGUCUGGAACCAACCCUAUGCCUCCUGAAUUUUGGCUCUUGCCCUCAUAUCUUCCUAUGCAUCCAGCUAAAAUGUGGAUAUAUUGUCGAUCGGUUUACUUGCCUAUGUCUUACUUGUAUGGGAAAAAAUUUGUGGGUCCAAUUACACCACUAAUUCUUCAACUGAGGCAAGAACUUCAUGUUCAACCAUACCAUCAAAUUAAUUGGAAGAAAACUCGCAACCUUUGUGCAAAGGAAGAUCUUAAUUGUCCACAUCCCUGGAUACAAGAUCUUAUAUGGGAUGGUCUAUAUAUAUUAAUUGAACCACUUCUUACACGUUGGCCUUUCAACAAGUGGAUUAGAGAAAAGGCUCUUCAAGUAACAAUGAAACAUGUACACUAUGAAGAUGAGAAUACUCGAUACAUAACAGCUGCAGCUAUAGAGAAGGCAAUAUGUAUGAUUGCUUGCUGGGCUGAGGAUCCCAAUGGAGAUGCCUUCAAAAAGCAUCUUGCUAGAGUUCCUGAUUAUCUGUGGGUUUCAGAAGAUGGAAUGACCAUGCAGAGUCUCGGAAGCCAAACAUGGGAUGCUAGCUUUACCAUUCAAGCUUUGCUUGUCACUGACCUUAUUGAGGAAAUUGGUCCCACACUUGCAAAAGGACAUCAUUUUAUAAAGGAAUCUCAAGUUAAAGACAACCCUUUUGGUGACUUCAAGAGCAUGUAUCGUCACAUUUCUAAAGGGGCAUGGACCUUCUCUGAUAGAGAUCAAGGAUUACAGGUUUCAGAUUGCACAGCCGAAGCUUUGAAGUGCUGCCUUCUUUUAUCAAAGCUGCCACCAGAAAUUGUGGGUGACAAGAUGGAACCUGAGAGAUUAUAUGAUUCUGUCAAUAUAAUACUGUCACUUCAAAGCAAAAAGGGUGGUUUAGCAGCUUGGGAACCAAUCAAAGCAGAAAAGUGGUUAGAAAUGCUAAAUCCUGUGGAGUUUUUGGAGAAAGUGGUAGUUGAGAUAGAAACUGUUGAAUGCACUGGAUCGUCAACACAAGCUAUAGUUUUGUUUAGCAAGUUGUAUCCAACACAUAGAAAGAAAGAGAUUGAGAAUUUCAUUGCCAAAGCUGUACAGUACAUUGAAGAUACUCAAAAAGAAGAUGGUUCUUGGUAUGGAACCUAUGGAAUUUGCUUCAUUUAUGCAACAAUGUUCGCACUUGGUGGACUUAAUGCAGCUGGAAAGACUUAUGACAGCUCUCAUACCAUUCGUAGAGCUGUGGAUUUUCUUUGUAAAAUACAAAAUGAAGAUGGUGGGUGGGGAGAGAGUUAUCUUUCAUGCUCUAAAGAGAAAUUUGUUCCACUUGAAGGAAACCGAUCACAUGUAGUACAAACAGCUUGGGCUAUGAUAGGUCUUAUUCAUGCUGGGCAAGUGGAAAGAGACCAAACUCCUGUUGACCGUGGAGCAAAGUUUCUCAUCAAUUCUCAAUUAGAAGAUGGUGAUUGGCCACAACAAGAAUUGACGGGCUCGGCCUUGAAAUAUUGCAUGUUACAUUAUCCAAUGUAUAGAAAUAUAUUUCCGAUGUGGGCUCUUUCAGAAUAUCAGAAGCGACUUCAAUCAGGCUUUUCAUCUCUUUCAUAAGCUCCUCAUGCUUCAUUUGCAAGAGAUUCAUGCUAGCUUGUGUGUGAAAGCUUUUAAAAUUAUGUUGAUUUAGUGUGUUUAUUUAUUUCAUAAUGUUUGUACAAUUGUCCAUGGUCUAAGCAAAGUGAAUACCAAGUGAAAUUAGUAUAUUAGUUGUCAAAUGUCUUUUUAGUCUCAGUAAAGUAUGUAGAUCUCUCUCUCACACACACUUGAAGUACAUAUCCCACAUGUUGGCACGCAUGGCUGAAUAAUAAAUAUAAUUAAAUUCAA